AUAGCUUGUAAAUUGGCUGAGGCUACUGUCUGUUCACUCAGAGCGUGUUUAGCCAAUUCCAUUAGUGGAAUCGGAUUUAUCCUGUAGUCCAACUGUUCAUGGUUCAUUGUUGGGCCUGUUGGUUCCGCUAUUCCAGGACGAGAUUUAGUUAGCUCGGCUAAAGUUGACGGCUGUUUAGUGGGGGGUUUUCUCUUUUUUUUUUUUUUUUUAAGCAAAUUCUGGAGAAUCCGUGAAACGCUAAGAGGAACCACUCCCGAAAUGUCUUCGGACGAAGACAGGGCCAAGGAGAUACUAAAGGGUUUUAAAUUAAACUGGAUGAAUCUCCGCGAUGCAGAGACGGGGAAGGUGCUGUGGCAAGGAACAGAGGAUCUGUCUGUACCAGGGGUAGAACAUGAAGCUCGUGUCCCAAAGAAGAUCCUGAAAUGUAAAGCUGUUUCCAGAGAGCUGAACUUCUCUUCCACUGAGCAGCUGGAGAAGUUUCGGUUGGAGCAAAAGGUUUUCUUCAAAGGACAGUGUCUAGAAGAAUGGUUCUUUGAAUUUGGUUUCGUCAUCCCAAACUCCACCAACACAUGGCAGUCUCUGAUAGAAGCAGCUCCUGAGUCCCAGAUGAUGCCAGCCAAUGUCUUAACUGGUAAUGUGAUCAUAGAGACAAAGUUCUACGACAAUGAUCUUCACGUGAGUACUUCCAGGGUUCGGCUUUUCUACAUCUGACAUCUGAGCCUUGACCUCUGACCUUCCAACCUGCUGAUGUCCUGCCAAGAUCCAGAAAUAAACCAUGGAAGUUAGCUACAGUCUGUGGCCGUCACCUGUUAUACAGUCAUGGAUCAGCAUGUUUAGGCUGAGCCCUCUGUGCUGCCACCAUCACUUCAGUGAACUUUGUGUUUUGUUCCAUUUUCUUUUUGGAGAAGAGAAAUUAAGAAGAAAAAAAAUCCCUGAUUCUGAAUUACGUCUCUAUGUUGUUCCUUCUAAUCCUUUGCUUGAUCUGCAGGACCACUAAUUCAGGUCAAGCUAUGAAUAAAAAUGAGCAUUUGCUCAGGAACACAGUGACAGACAUCUGCCUUUAUAUUGAAGAGAAAGUCAGAGAAAAUGCUCAUAAUGUUUUCUAGUUCUAGUUUAAAGCUGACAUGCACUCCAUUAAAAUUAGCCUAAACUAUGAAAGAUAAGCCAAGAUGAGUUCAGUUCUUGGAUUACAUUUUAAACACACACACAUACACAAUGUACUACACAACUCAUUAUAAGACACACAUUCUCAUUUUUCUUAAAGCUGUCCUCCAUUACCUCCAGAAGAGGGCAACAGCUCUUAUGUUUCCAUGUUGUGUUGACUAGAACUAGUGGCCCUGUACCUGCUUUGCUUUGUUCACCAAACUCUCUCUUGUGAAAUUAGUCACUUCUUAUUUAGCACCUGUUUGUCCACUACUAAAGGGGGGGAGGGGGGUGAAUUGUGUCACUACCCCCCUCUUCCCCUGUGUAUACAUCAAAUCUCUGAGGCGCUGAUAGAGACUGACAGACGGUGAGAUGGCAGUCCUGAUCUGAGCAUCGAAACUGUCUGGAGAACAUCCAGGGGACUGGGCCCAGGUCAGGGUUUGUUCUGAAGAGGACGCCCGUCUCUGGGCUGCCUCUUGAGGGGGGGCAUACUUCUGACAACACUUAUACACUACAAUAGUUGUAGGUUUCAGAGAAAUCAGCUUGUAACACAGUCAAACAUACAAAGCACUGAAUUAUCCGGAUUGUCUCGAGUUAACUUUAAAUACUGUUGAGAUGUUCUUGGAAGGUAGUUUGUGUGACGUUCACCAGCAAACCAAUAGUUUUUUGCAGUUAUUUUGCUCCUUUGCUUUAAUGUCAAAGAUCAACUUGAUUCAGAGGUUAAACUUCUUAAUUUGUCUGAUGUAGAUAAUUCAUCAGCUUGUUUUUGUAUGUAGCUAUGUCUUCUUCCAUCAGAUGGUACCAACUGUUAAUGUCCUGUCUGCAGCCUGGCUCUACAUUCUGAUUUGGACAUUGCAUCAAUUCAUUGUGUUUCUGUUUUUCUUAGCUUUUGGAAGAGCUGUGUAAAAUAGCCGCGUGUUUUAAUAUGACAGGAUUUAUGGAUUAAAGUCAUACAAUGUUGUAAUAACA